GCGCCGCGGGGGGUGGUGGGAUAGGCUGGGCGCGGCUGGCCGUGCGGGCUGGUGUGGGCUGCCUGCUGCUGUCCAGGUCUUUGAGGGCCCUCCGUCCCGCCCGCGCCAUGGGCAACUGCCACACGGUGGGGCCCAACGAGGCGCUGGUGGUUUCAGGGGGCUGCUGUGGUUCAGACUAUAAGCAGUAUGUGUUUGGCGGCUGGGCCUGGGCCUGGUGGUGUAUCUCCGACACCCAGAGGAUUUCCCUAGAGAUUAUGACGUUACAGCCCCGCUGCGAGGACGUAGAGACGGCCGAGGGGGUAGCUUUAACUGUGACGGGUGUCGCCCAGGUGAAGAUCAUGACGGAGAAGGAGCUCCUGGCCGUAGCCUGCGAGCAAUUUCUGGGCAAGAAUGUGCAAGACAUCAAGAAUGUCGUCCUGCAGACCUUGGAGGGGCACCUGCGUUCCAUCCUCGGGACCCUGACUGUGGAGCAGAUUUAUCAGGACCGGGACCAGUUUGCCAAGCUGGUACGGGAGGUGGCAGCCCCUGAUGUUGGCCGAAUGGGCAUUGAGAUCCUCAGCUUUACCAUCAAGGAUGUGUAUGAUAAAGUGGACUAUCUGAGCUCCCUGGGCAAGACGCAAACUGCUGUGGUACAGAGAGAUGCUGACAUUGGUGUGGCAGAGGCUGAGCGGGACGCAGGCAUCCGGGAAGCUGAGUGCAAGAAGGAGAUGUUGGACGUGAAAUUCAUGGCAGACACCAAAAUCGCUGACUCCAAGCGAGCCUUUGAGCUGCAAAAGUCAGCCUUCAGUGAGGAAGUCAAUAUCAAGACAGCUGAGGCCCAGCUGGCCUAUGAGCUACAAGGGGCCCGUGAGCAGCAGAAGAUCCGGCAAGAAGAGAUUGAGAUUGAGGUCGUACAGCGUAAGAAGCAGAUUGCAGUGGAGGAGCAGGAGAUCCUGCGCACAGACAAGGAGCUCAUUGCCACGGUGCGGCGCCCGGCUGAGGCAGAGGCACACCGCAUACAGCAGAUAGCUGAGGGUGAAAAAGUGAAGCAGGUCCUCUUGGCUCAGGCAGAGGCUGAGAAGAUCCGAAAAAUCGGCGAGGCAGAGGCCGCAGUCAUCGAGGCGAUGGGCAAGGCAGAGGCUGAGCGGAUGAAGCUCAAGGCUGAGGCCUACCAGAAAUAUGGGGACUCAGCCAAGAUGGCCUUGGUGCUGGAGGCCCUGCCCCAGAUUGCUGCCAAAGUCGCCGCCCCACUGACCAAAGUCGAUGAGAUUGUGGUCCUCAGUGGGGACAACAAUAAAGUGACAUCAGAAGUGAACCGACUGCUGGCCGAGCUGCCUGCCUCCGUGCAUGCCCUUACAGGCGUGGACCUAUCUAAGAUACCCCUCAUCAAGAAGGCCACCGGUGCACAAGUGUGAGGCGCCCGAAGGCCCACACCCUUCAGCAGCCUCCCGCUCCUCCCUUCAGCACCUGUUCUAGUACCACAGGAACAGUGGGAAUGUUACUGACUCUGGUGCCUUAUUUUGUAGGGACCAGAAGUGCUGCGUGUUCAGGCCUUCUCUGGCUGUCUUCCCUCUCCCCCGUCUGUCUCCUUCCUCUUCUCUACACCACACCCUCACUUUCCCUGCAUAUUCAUCUGGUGUGUCUCUUCCACCCUCAUCUUCCUAAACAUAUGUUUCUUCCUUUGUCUGUCUUUUUCUUUCUGUCUCUCCCCCCACCCACCCUCUACACACAUCAUGUAGUUUAAGCUGAAAAUGUUUAUUAUAAUCACUGUCUGUGGAGGGUGGCCCUGCUGCUCUUCAGAAUCCUGGUGCCUUGAAGUUCCCUGUGCAUCUGUCCAUCCUCCCUGUGGCCCUGGCCAGACUUCGGCAUGGGUACAAGGGGUCUGGGUAGGAUGGCCACUCACCCCUCUCCUGGCCUGGUCUUCCCAGCCCUAAACCCUACUCUGGGAAGUCCCCAGCCUCACCUGCACUAGCCCCUCUAAGCCUAGGUAGCAGUGGCCUACAGGUCCAAGCCAUUGCCCUUUACUUCACCCCUUCCCAGCCCCAGGCCUGCUGUCAUACCUUACCUCUCUCCCCCACCCCAGGGGCACAGAAGCAAGGCCUCCUGUCUAAAGCAGCUCUCACAGUUUACUACUGCCUUAGGAGGCCCCUGCUGUGCUCAGGGAAGCCCCUUCAUGGACCUGUCCCUACUCGGUGAAGUGAGGCUUAGUCCCAACUCUGCUAAGCCUUUCUGGGAUCAGGGUCUAGCCCCCUUGGGGACUAGAAAGUCUGUAGAUCCUGUUCCUGCAAGGGCUGCACUGUCCUGGGUAUUGGGCCAGGCCCUUCCUUUGGGCAGGGCUGUGCCAACCCCCUACAGAAUCAAGUGCUACAGACUGGCCAAACUCCAUACUCCUUGUGCCAUCUUUCUUCCUGGCCAGAGUGAUAGGAUUCUAGCCAUGGGGAAGCAACCCAGUCUUCUGUAUCCUUGCUCUAGUGGAGGCAGAAGAGCCCAGGGCCCAAGCAUCCUGGCAGGGGUACUGUGGGUGUCCUCUGAUCCCAGUCCCUCACCCCAGGCCUGGGCCCUGCCCCAGCCUGUUCCUGCAUGUGAAUGCUGCAUGUUCGGUUUGGGGCUUGGAUGCUGCACUGCCCCACUGCCUGUCCCUUCUGAUAAAAUAAAGAUCUGUUAUGCCCACAUCCUAUAUUGUAUCUUCUG